GGCAGGGGGAGAUAUUUGAAGGGCGGAGGUAGACAUGCGGAGAACCCAUGCAGAAAAACGCCCCAAACGUUCUUCCACACGCAACCCUCAUGCUCACUCAUCUCCCUUCCCUCUAUUUAUACUCUCCUUCUCCUUUUUCUCUCACCUCCGCUCUCUUCUCUCUCUCUCUGGUCUCCGCUCCAGAUCGUUCGUACACAAGCCCCUCUCUUUGGUGGACAAUGGCCUUUUGUAGAAUUGGAACGAAGCCAAUGUUAGAGGGUCGCGACUUACUGUGUUCCAAUGGAAAUCAGUCGACAAAACUAGCUAGUUCAUCUUGCGGGUCUUCUUCCAACUUUAGUAAAUUUGUGUGCAUUACAUCUCCUCAUCACAGAUUUUUUACGCCUCGGACGUAUUCAAUCAGUAGGCCAACAGAUUCUUCAAGGAGAAGUGGCGCAAGACUUAGAUGUUCUGCGGGGAAUACUGUGUCACUGCCAGAAUCCAAGGAAAAUGCUCGUAAUAUUAGCUCCAUUUGCAUUGAGGAAGAAUCAGGCCAUGUCACAAAGUUCAAGAUAUCAGACUUUGAGCUCUGCAAUCAUGUUAGCGUCGGGCUUGCUGGCAGGGGGGAUGAGUUGAUUUUCGAAGCAACAGUGAAGGACUCUCACAGUCCUUUAUAUAACUCGAGAGUUGUACUUCGACAACUCACCAGCUCUCAGGCACAGCGUCGAGGUCGGCGUGCUUUAGAGGUUCUAAAGAAACUUGUCCGUCGCCAGCUUAUGUAUGAUUCAUAUGCAAUGCAAGUUCAUGGUUAUGUGUCUACAUCUGAUGGUGGUGACAGUAGCUCUUUCACCCUAGUUCAUGGGUAUCAUGGCAGCUAUUCCCUUAGACAUUGGCUCCAACUUUCAGAUUGGCUUCCAACCUUAGAAGCGACUCUAGCUCUGGAUGAAGAGUGUGCAAGAAAGGUAGGGGAUGCUACAACUGGAGGACCUGCUAUUUCUCGACAACUGCGACUUAUCCGCAUUCUAAUGAGAGAUCUUUUAAUUGGAGUGAACUAUUUGCACAGCCUUGGACUUGCCCAUACUGAGUUAAGGCUCGAGAAUGUGCACAUCAGUCCUGUUGAUAGACAUAUCAAAGUAGGGAUACUAGGAAAUGCAGCCGAUUUCUAUGACAACAACCUGAAUAAUAGCACAUUGGAGGGUAACAUGGACAGGCGACAACUGAUGAUUGCAUUUGAUAUGAGAUGCGUAGGGUUCAUGAUGGCAAAAAUGGUGUUGCGGGAGCUCAUGGACCCUUCAAACUUCAUGAAGUUCAAGUCGUUCUUGAUGAAGGGAAAUGAUCCAUCAUGCUUGCGCGAAUUCCUCUUGCCAAUUUUAUGCAGAAAUUCUCCAUCUGGAAAUGCUGGAUUGCAAAUUCUUGAUAGGAACUGGGGUGCAGGUUGGAACGUUCUAUCCCGUCUGCUUGCAACGAAACCUUCUGAGAGGAUAAGUUGUCUAGAUGCCCUGAGGCAUCCAUUUUUAUGCGGACCGAGAUGGCGGGUGGAUCCAUCCAUGGACAUCAUCAAGUGGGGUUUAGGAUCAACUGCUGUCCGAAUUGCCGAGGAGUACAUCUAUGGCCAACAUCAGCGAAGCAGGCUGGCCUACUUCAUUGAAUUGAUGGAGAUGCUGAAUACUAAUCCAAAGGCAAAGGAUUGGCUUGAGAUCCUGCCAGGGAGAUGGCGCCUGUUGUAUUGCACCGGGAGGCACAUAGGUCUGACCCUCCGGCAGGCUUCCCCCAGAGUCCUAAUUGGCCAUGUUUUCCUCACCUUCAUGCCAUCACCAGAUUCAGACAACACUCUUUCUCUUGCAUCUGAAAUUGGCUUCACGGUCAUGCCUGGCACCCAAUGGCCCCACAACAAGAUUGGCAUUACUGGGAAAUUGAAUGUCAGCUCCUCAGUCAGAUUAACAGCAGGGAGCCGCCUAUACCUUGAAGAAGAGAAGGAUGGGGGAAAACACUCCCUACACCUGUUGAAUGCCCAAGGGUCCGUUACCCGGAAGUUGUCUAGUAGGAAAUGGAGAAGGGCGAGCCCGAUCAAGGAGCUCCCGUCGAGCCUUCCGGUGGCCAAUCUCAUCUCUGAUGAGGUAGAGGUGACAAUGAGCAUUGACUCUCCAAUGCCACAGGAUGUUGGUGCUGCAGGGAAUGUCCUUCGGGAGGUCAGAACACAGGUCCCACCAGAAAUUUUUGAUUUGUCAAAACUGAUAUGUGGGACCUUCCUGGACUCCAGGAUGCUGGUUCUUCGCGGAGUGAAUGGGUGUGCAUUGCUUUUUACACGGUCAUGCGGACUGUAGAUAUGAUUGUUUUGUAAGGUGUAAAUCAUCUGUAUUAUAUCAUCUUUGUAUCAUCUCAAAUCUGAGUCUUGAAAAUUCUCUACUGGCUACCUCAAGCUGUAAGAAUGAAUGAUCCUGUCCAUAAGAGUACAUAAACUGAACCCCAUUAAUGAUUCCGCAA